CCCCCUUCCGUUUCUCCCGCCACGCUAUAGGGGUCUUGUGGGAGGAGGAGGAAUCCAGCCGCUGGUUCACAAUACGGUACUGUACGAGUACUAAGCCCCCAUGGUCACAAAGAGGAUAGCUAGCAAUUUCCCGGCAUUCUUCGAGCUCAUCUUUCCAUAACCUGAAACAACAACAACUGCAACUACUACAACAGCACCCCGGUUCAACCGCACGAGCGACCUUGGCUCGAACAGUUGUUCCCUCUCGCCUGCUAACUUACAGAACUCUGCUACCACCACCACCUUUGACGUUCCCUUGUCUCUCGCCUUUUUACUCCUCGAAUCAACUUGAUGCCAUUCUUCUCAUCUCAUCUUGACCUAGCUCGCCUACCCUACUAUCCGUCACCCGCACUUGCAACCUUUCUUUCACCGUGCCCUACCGCCUUCCAUCCCGGACCUACAAAUCCACCCUCGCACCCAUGUUCCUCGUGUAGCCAUAUAUUUAUUAUUAUUUCUGCCACCUAAGCAACACCUGCCAUCAUAGUGAUCCCAUAUUUUAUACUGCACCCCGCACACAUACAUACAUAUACUUAUAUCACAACACUCCCCCCCCCUCCAUCGGUCCAAUUCUCGCAAUGCCAGAGGGCUGUGGUCGUCUAGUAUCCGCCCUCGCAUUUUACGUUUUCUCGUGCAGUUGCUUUCGUGGUUCGAGCAAACCCCGUAAACCCAGCCGGGAUGCCCAGAGCAAUUGGGGAGAAGAGAUUGAGAACGGUCCGUCAUUAUUUCGUCGUAACAAUCACUCCAGUCAGUCGUCAAGGCAUUCGUCCCCCCGUGGUCAGAGCCCGGAUUCCGGGGUUCACAGCAGCCGAAAUAAUGCUAUUCACACCGUCCCCAGUACGGCCGACAGCGCGGAUACCGAGCAUCUGGAGAACCUGUUUUCCGAGAUCCAGGAGAAGAGGAUUACAACCGUUACCGUUACACGACUGCCUAGGAUUCACCCGCCUGUCAACGAAUAUCAUCCGCCCGUUGUUUCUGCUCCGCCUGGCACGAGAACGGAUACGGCUUGGAUGAGAUUACCACCGCCAACGGCAAGGGCUAUGAGGGCGAUCAAUCUACAGACGCAUAGCCGGAGGGAUAGUGUGCGCGAUAAGUAUGGUUCGGCCAACGAUGCCACCAGUGAUAUCCACCAAUUGGAGAGUCAGUCAAUUGCGAGGACCAAAUCGGAGGAGUGGAAGAUGCUCGGUGCUUUGAAGCGGGCAAAGCGCACGGACUUGAAGGAGUCUGAGAAUAUGGUCGGAAAGGAGGAAGUGUCAGAGGAGGAGGAGGAUCAGCACCAGGUUCCGGAAAUCCCUUCGGAAGAGCACUGGCUCAAGAGACGAAGGGUGUUUACCAAUCUCCCCGAAUUGAAUGGCAGAUGGUCGGUCGAGAUUGACAGAGCUAUCAAGUUUGACCAAGACCAGGAGUCCCCGUACCACUCGAACUUUCCGGAACCUGCAGAGGCUAUUCGCCGACCCGUACAGGCCCUUACAAGGCCUUACCCCCUCCGUUCGAUAUCCAGUGAUCUCGACGACGAUUUCUAUUCAUAUUAACAACCCCCGAGCUCGUUCUUCCUUUCCCCCCACUUUCUUGUACAAAGUGCCUUUAACCCCCGCGUGAGCCGGUAAAGGGGAAAACAGUGGUGGAAACCCAGAAUACAUGUUUAUACGGGCGGCGGAGUCAGCAUUUUUCAAUUUCCUUUUUAACGCAUUUUCAUGGCAUCGUUUACUUCUCUAAUCAAGGUGGAAAAAAGCGGUUACACUCUACAACUAUGCCCUAUUGCUUGCACCUUUUUCCUUUCCUUUAUCAUAGGUUAUUCAUGCAUUGCUCCAAUUCUCCUUUGUUUUCUUGUUUUAGUUUUUUCCUCUAAUGUUCGGCAUGGAGUUUUGGGUUGGCUUUUUUAUUUUUUAUUUUUUUUCAUUCUACCGCGCUAUAUAUGAUUGGGGUUGGUUACCGGUUCGGUUUGGUUUGGUUCGGU